GUGUCGCCAUGACAACACAAACAGUGAAACGGUAUUUCUAACAAAACGUGUAACUUGCUCUCUCACCUCAAAACGAUGACUUCUUUUGGCGAGUCCCUCUUGAAAUACGAUAAUCCGAUAUUGGUAAAAACAAAAGGAGAUAAAAAAUCUCAAAAGGGACGUACUCUAACGUUGAGCAACCUUCCAGCUCCCAGCUUUGCAGCAGGUGUUCCAUCUCCCCCUACACAGAAUUUGGAUGAAAACAUUUUGCAUGCCAUCUUACCACCUAGAGAAUGGACAGAGGGGGACCAACAGUGGGUGCAGAAAGUAUCUACAGCCAUUACCACGAGGAAAGAUGUCAUUCAUCUGCAGGAGCAGCUGAACAUAAAGCUAAAGCAGAAAAAGGCCAAACCAACUGGCAUCUGCCCCAUCCGCUGGGUUCUGUUUUCCCAGUGUUUCGAUGAACUCAUCAGACAGGUAACCAUUGAAUGUGCGGAGAGAGGUCUGCUGUUGUGCCGGGUCAGAAAUGAGAUGCAGAUGAUGAUAAGAGCCUACCAAAACUUGUCUGAGAGCAGCAUUGCUUUUGGGAUGAGGAAAUCACUGCACGGUGAGCAGGGCAAGGAAGAAACACAGAAAAAAAUCUUAGACCUGGAGGCUGAAAACAAAGAUCUGAUGAAGCAACUAAAUGAGUUAAAAGACAAAUGUGAUAUGAUUGAAAACAGAGAGGCUGAAGAGAAACAGCUUAAAGAUAAACAGCACGAUGAGGAGAUUCAGCGCAAAGAGAGAGUCAUUCAACAACUCAAGAAUCAGCUGGAAGAUGUACAUUCAGCAAUAAACUUACAAACCAAGAUCCCAGCUACGUCUUAAAAACGUUAGAAUUUUUAAAACCGAUUACUCCUUGUUAGAUUUGGUUAAACUGACUGAAUUUACCAGUUAAACAUACAAAAUCCACAUCUUUUUAAGGUUAAGAGAUAAACCUAGGAAUGAUGAAUUUAACCUCACAUAUUAUGCUAUUAUUUUCAUGUGGAUGAAAACAGAUGAAUCAGAGUUUUUGUUCAAUUGUUUUAUUUUGAUAAAAUGCCAAUUUAAAUAAAGAUUUGUUGCAUA